UUCCCAAUCUCAUAAACGGCAGAGCAAAAAGCAAAAAGCAUCAAUACGAAGCGAAAGGAAACUGAACGUCAAGCAUAGAGGGGAUUUUCGCUGUCACACCAACACAUCGUCGAUGUUGAGAGCUUCAAAAAGACAGCCAUAAAGAAUUUUUAUCUCGUGAAAAGUUGAAAAAAAUUAAAUAUCUAUUGAAGUAAUACCUCUAAAAAUAUGUGAAUCCGUUAGCUAGAAUGGUGAUGAAGACAGUGCAUGCGAAACGCGGAUAGGAAAUACUGUUCUCUUCGCGUAAUUCUACACGAAAAUCUAUCGGGUGAAACCAUAGCCAAUUGAUAUUAGUCACCAUCAUCAGUAAGAGGAGCUUACUGCCUUGCUGCUGUUGCUUCACGGAUGAGUGAACGGAGGAAUUUCUCGAUGCUUGUCGUCACCAGAUAAAUACCUAUAAUCGAAUGUACAGAAAAUAACUCCACCAGCAAAAGCAGUAACGCUAAGUGGAAGGCAAAAAGAGUGCUGUUUUUUUUUGUAUCGGUCAUAGAAGUGGAGUUAGUCGGUGAAAAAUGGCCUACAUCAAUGUGGCCGAGUGGAGCAGCGAUCAGGUUACGGAUUGGUUGAAAGGCUUGGACAAUUCAAUGUACCACUAUGUACAAUCCUUUACCAACAAUGAGGUAGGAGGAAAACAGUUGCUCAACAUACGACCGUAUGAAUUAGAACAGCUUGGCAUGCUUUCCAUCGGGCAUCAGGAAAUAGUACUGGAAGCGGUCGAAUAUCUGAAAAAUUUUAAUUACAAUUUGGACAAGGAAAAUCUGCAAUUUUUGGCAUUGCAUGUGGCCUCAACUGCACGAUCUCUCUGCAAACAACUGGAAUACUCGGAUCAAACAAAACUCGAAACGCAAAUACUGAAAGAUAUUACACGCACUGUUGCGGCACUAAAACCAUUGAUUGAAUGGCUAGAUCGGGCACCCUUCAGAGGGCAAUUACGGUUCGACGAGCUGCGGAAACAAAUCAUGAAACUCGGUCUGGAAAUGGCCACCAUGGCAAUGCGAGAUAGGUUCUCUGUCAAACCUGUUGAAAUGAUCCAUGGUGUCGCCGACAAGCUAGCCAAAAUAGCGGACUACAUAAUCCAAGAUAUUUCUGACCCAAUGGUCCUACAACCGGCUUCACUAGAUUUGGUCACAUUGAAAAAACGCGAAUCCGAUCUAGGUUUUUUAAUUAUGCCAAGCCUAAAUGGCAUUCAUAGAAUUGCCGAGAUAAAAUUUAACUCACCAGCGCACAAUUCGGGUAAAGUGGAAGAAGGAGAUGAAAUAGUGCAAAUCAACUACCAGACCGUGGUCGGUUGGGAAUACAAAAAGGUGCUCGUUCAACUGCAGGAGUCGCCACCUGAUGUACUACUCACACUGAAGAAGCGUCCGAAGCACACAAAAAUCUACGGUCAAAUCUACAUCAAACCGUACCGAUUGCCCAGCAAGAAACGGUCGCUGCCAUAUCGCUGGGGCGAGAAUUUGCCCAGCCCACGAGCAGAGCUUUUUGCUCUGCAAGAUUUCAGCCUACCGUUGGCUCGUGUUCCAGAAAAGCACGUGUCGUCGGACUCAGAAUCAGAAAACAGUGAUAUUCUAACACCAACGGAUGUGAAAAAAUCCGACAAAGAUAUUCGUUUGUACAUGCCCAAGCCUAGAGCCGUUCUUCAGAGACGGCAUACGCUCUCUAGUUUCAAGGACCUAAUCAGCGUUUCAUUCUGGCACGAACGACAAACUAAGUUGCAAUCGAAUGAUCCACAAAGCUUGCGGGAUAAGUCGGUCUCGUUUGGAUUCGGUUUGGAAAUGGCUCCGAGGCCGACAACGUGCUUGGGAAUGGUCAAUGCCACCACGAGUGGCGCUGCCCUCAAUGGUCAAAGCAAAUUCAAUAGUUUCGGUGGGCUCAAAGGAUCACUACCGGAUAUCAUUCCACCGGAAAAGUGUGAAUCACCAAAUGAUCUGUCGAAAAAAGGCCCCGCUCCGGAGGGAAACGCCUAUAAACCUGGAGUUUCUAAGGUUGUACGGUUCGAAUCCAACAUGAAGUUCGAAGAGUGUCACAUCGAUACUAAAUAUACUUGCAAUGUGGACAACACGGUGUUGGAAACGUUCGAACCGAUACCGUACGUCGAUGAGGAAGUGACGACUCAGUCGGUGAACGAGCGCGUCAAGCGAUUCGAAUCAAUUGCCAACAAAAAUAGUGCCAACGCUGGUGGAAGUUUGGGUGCUGCUAGUAAUUUGGAAGCCAUUAAAUCAGCCAAUAAUCAAAAUGCUAAGGAAAACGUCUGUAACGAUAAUGAUAAUUUGAACAGCACUAUCUCGACAAUUACCCCCGCUCCUAGUAUCGCUCCGCGUCCAGUAACCAAACCCAUUCCAAUGCAACGACAGAUUUCACGAGAACCGAAUAUUGCGGAGGCCAUCAAUACCGUGCUGAUCAAUCGGGACAUGGUCAAGCGAGGACGAUUGGACAAAAGCCACAGUACGCCUGCCUAUGAUGAUGAUAUUCCGCCUGCCAUCGAACCACGCAAAGAGCACUUAUCGAAAGCGCCACCAGUUCCACCCCCACGGCCAAGAAAAACUUUAGAAUCCAGCAUCAAUUUGGUGCCAGAAAAGCCCCCACCACCAUCGCCUGUUGUCGCUGCGUCACCAGCUGCUUCGUCAACUUUCACAACCACACCGGAUCUUGGAUUCGUUAGUCCUCAACAAGCAUCCCUAGCUAGUUCCGAACACGGCGAAGAUAAUAACAAGUCGAAACUUGCCAACUUGGUAGAUCUGAAAAAUCGUGAUACUUCCACAGCGAGCGGAGGAGAGCAGGGCACGCUGAUUCUUUCCCCUCCGCCGAAACCAGCUGAAAGGAUUAUGUCUCCACCGAGGCGAAUACCGGUUGCGAAGCAUUUCUUGGAAGGCCCCAUUGAAACGCCGCUGGAGCUUUUCACACCGAAUAAAACGAAAAGCUUAACAUUAAAGAAGAAAAAUUCUCUACUCUCCAAACGAAGAAACGUUUCCUUGAAAACUCUCUGCAUUAGUGAUAUUCAAGGUCAUUUGUACCGACGCACCAAGGAUCGCAACGGUUUGGCUUAUUGGGCUAAAUACUACUUUGUGCUGAUCGAAACUACUUUGUAUGGAUUUAAGUUGAAAGAUUCACAGAAAGCAAAUAGCAUGAUCUUCCUGUCGGGAUUCACUAUUUCGCUGGCUAAGGAGGUACACUCGAAACCCUUUGCCUUUAAGGUGUACCAUCCGAAUAAAACAUUUUAUUUUGCGGCCGAAACACAAGAAGCUCUUGCACAGUGGAUGGAAUACAUCAAGCAGGCAACCUUGAAGGGUAACAGUGCGGCUCCUGGCAGUGGAUCAGCAGACCACAGUGUGAAGGAGUUGUUUUCCGAAACGGAUAGUUCGGAGGAUGAGUUCAGUUUGAUGGAUAGUCAAACUAAGCUGAAUUUACUGUGCACUCCGUCGCCCCAAUUGUCCUCUUCAGUAGGAAGAAAUGCUGAGCACUACGCGGGAUCUUCCGAAAGCAGCAAUACCGGAACACCGACUUCCUCCAAGCAGGAUAAAUAUCAUUUAAACUUUGGGUCCUUAAAGAAGUUUACCAAAAGCAAUCCUUUCAGUUCAGAUGGAAACCAUGCAAAUGGAACGCAUAGCAAUGAGAGCAAGUUUUUCGGCUUUUUCAGUUCGCAUAAAAAUGUGGAAAAGACCAGCUCAGAUGAAAUACCAGUUCCAACGCCUCAAUUCCGAAGUUACAGGAAAGUUCCAGGAAACAGUGGCAUGCAGAUCGGUAACAAUUCGGUUUCAACGGAGGUUAUUUCGCAUGCAUCCACAGCAACAAUCGCUAUAACAAACGAAAGCACAACCGCAAGCAAUCUAUCGUUAGCAUCCAGCUCUAUGCAACACCAUCCACCGUCGGUGGUCAGUUUACAGACCGCAUCCACAGAGCUCGAAGACGCUCCGCAGCCCCUAAUCGUGGAACCGGAAUCAGCCGAGCCAUCAACGCCGGUACACAUCGAAUCUAGCGACUUGCUUACUAACAACAAAAAAACGAAAAGAAUAUCGCCACAUAAUUUUAUCCAUGCCUCCAAUCCCAAUCUGGUUGAAUUCGAUUUCCAAACCUCUAAGGCUUUGCUUCAAACAUCAUCGAAUUGGGACCCGAAUCCGUCCCAUGGAAAUCUGCACUCAAUGAUUACGCUGAAAGAUCUAAUGCUUCAAAAACAGGCUGAGGAAGCGCAAGACAUGUACAACAAACGUGUCUGUCUGGGAGUGGAAAAACUAGACGACAGAAGUUUAAAGAAAACCCUGUCUAAAGCAAAUGAAAACCGACACGACAACAAUGUUAACAAUGUACCGGAAUCUGUAACUAAAAUUCAACAAAGACGUCUUCCCAUUACGCCGGACUACGCACAAAGCUUCAAGCUAGAUGACGAGGACAUACUGUACACUCGAAGCAAGGAGGGUCAAAAAUUGAGAGACUUCGGGUACGAGCUGAUAUCUGGUGACGACACCUUUAACUUGAGGAACUCUUCCUCAUCCUCGGUUAUAGCUAGUGGCAGUGGCACCAGCAGUGCUAAUGAUGUCAAGCGACAAGAAGGCGGUGGAUCUAUUAAGAAGAAAACUCGAAACUGGAUUAGUUCGGAUAAAAGGAAUGAGGAAUCUUCUUCUUCGGACCGAUCACUGCGUGAUAGCUUCAAAAAGUCUAAGAAUAAGGCGGUCAUUGCAAAGUUGGAUAAUAUAAAAGCGAGCAGCGAAAAACUGUUCCAAUUCAAGCACAGCAGUAACAACGACAAGGAAUCUUUGAAAACAAAACAGUUGGACAAAACAACGCCGGCUCUGGGUGUAAGCCUAAAACAAUCAACAGCACCGUUUGUAAACCUGGGAAAAAGUAACCCGAGCACACCUUUGCUCGAUCAAACUACGAUAUUCACAACAAGCACCACAACAACAAGUAAUUUUGCAUCCAACGGACCUAGCUCCUCCGUUUUCAUUCCGACUGGAGUGAAAAAAUCCAACACCUGCAACAAUUCAUCCGAUUUCAAAGAGAAUGCUUCCAAAAUACACAGUGUAAGAAAAAAUUCAGCACCGGAACGGAGUGCGUCAUAUUUCACCAAACUAUCGUUCAGUGGUUCGUCCGGCAAAACGGCAAAGGAGAAAAAGCUUCUCGGUUCUCCGGGACUACAUCGAGCAAUUUUUGGCAAGAAUCAACAACACCAGGAUUUUCAACCGACCGUUAUAGACCACGAAGUGUUUUCCCCGAUCAGCUAUACGAAGAACACAUUUCCAUCGGACGCCAGCCUGCAGUCCAACUCGACCCUAACGAGCACCAUUACCAUCGGUAAUCUGCAAGCGACGACCACUACAACGUCGAUACUCACCAGUAACCUCUCGAAUCGAAACUCGCCAGACUAUCCUAACAUGGAAUAUCCGCCGGUCUUCGAACCGGAAACUUACUCACUGAGCGAUCCCAGUAUGACACUACUUAAGCGUCGCCAAAACCACCACCAGAAGUGACGAACCACCGAUCGGCACUCUAAGCGAAAGCGGUUGGCUACCGUGCGGGAGCACGAAAGUGGGUAAGCUAUCAUCUAUACUAUUAUGUCUGUUUUCAACUUGGCCAAGCUGGGCAAACUGAAUCGAAAAUAUUGAAUGAUCAUUAGCAACGAGAUAGAAAGAUAUUAUAUUCUUAUCGUAGGUUCUAUUCGUAUUUAACGUGUUAUACAAUUCUGAACAAACAAAAGGUGCUGCGAAAAAAUAUUUUUAAAGUUUUGUUUAUUUAAGGGAAGAAGUGAAUCAAAUUAUAGAUUUUUUUUUAUUUAUUACCCCGAUGCGCGUUCAGCCAUUUUUGCAUAAACAAAAAAAAACAUUCUGGCUGUUUUGCGCGAACAAUAUAUUUUGUGAUCCUAGUAGUUAAGCGAAUAUUUUUAAUUCUAAUGUUAUUGAUUGAUAUAUGUUGCGAAUCCUAAACAUGAUCGCACAACACUGAAUAAAUCAAGAAAGCAUUUAAUCUACUUAUCGAUAGAAGAUGAAAAAAAACAGUAAGCAAUUUGAUUUUAGUAUCUACCCGCUUGAAAAAAAAAACAUUCCUUGUAAAGGCUUACUUUUAAAAUAGAUACCUGCUUAGAAUUGGUUUUUUGCAACAUUAUUCUAAACGUGUGCUUCGAGCCGACAAUUCUUAUGGAAGAGUAGAGUCUCUUAAGACAAAUAGUGCCUUAUUAGUGAUUGAGUUACGUGAAUA